AUGGAUAAACAAAUCUCUGAAAUAACAAGCAAAGUUCAAUAGAUUAACAUCAAAGAAACUUUGGAUAAGAAGUUUUGUGAUCUAGUUUUCUCAUUACUUGGCAAAUAAGUUAAAGUUAAACUUCCUGAUAAUUAAGAAGGGGAAGGAAUAUUUUAUACAAUUAACCCUAAAAAUGGUGGAGUUAUGAUAAAAAACUUUAAAGAACAAACUAAUUCCUACCCUGGUGAAGAAAAUUAAAGCAAAAAGUAAAACCAAAAUGACUCUAAUAACACCAAAUGCUUACUCAAAUAGGAUUUCGUCUAUUUGUUCGCUGAAGAUGUAGAGGAUCCACCAUACAUUCAAGAUUUUAAAAACCUCUAAAAAGAUACAAAAAAUAUCAAAACCGAUGGAGAAUUGACCAAGUUAGACAAAAACAGAGAAAGGGAGUUUUAAGCUGUCAAUUUCAUUUUUGAUAAUUGUGAAUCUAUUGAGGAUGGAGAAGAACUUAACCAAAAGGCUAAGCCUUCUAGUUUUAAAAACUUAGAUUAGUUCUAAAUCAAUUAGCAAAAGUUUGGAGUCGGAACAGAAUUCAAAGAUGAGUUUUAUACUACCAAGUUAGAUAUGUCCAAGUUUGAUAAAAAACAAAUUGAAUAAGCCGAAAAGUUAGAACAAGAAGUCAAUAAAGAAGGUUCUAAGUAUAAACAUGUUUUAAUUGAUAGAGGUAGAGAUGAUCUUUUAGCAGAUUCUGAUGAAGAAAAAAACUUCUCUGCAGUACAUGGAUCAGGUAGAUUUAGCUCUGAUUAAAAUAAUUAAAAAGGUAGCAAAAAAGAUAUUUCAUCAUAGAAUAAAUUAGAAAGCAAAGAAAAUUAAGGCAAUUCAGAAGAAAUUAGUUUUGGAAAGGGUAGACCUACAUUCAGUAAAAAAAAUACAAAAUAAGAUUAACAAGCAACACCUAAGGAAUCUGGUUCAGAAUAGACGACCAAAAAAGAAGAUAAUUAAGCAAAAGAGGAAGGUAGAAAUUCCAAAAAGGAAGAAGCACUCCCUGUGAUUUAAACAAAGACUUCUUAAGAAAGCAAUCAUGAAUAAAAAAAAUAAACUACAAAUACUAAAUAAAAUGAUACAAAUAAGUAAAGUAGUUAAGCUAUUGUUUUUGUUGAAAAGGUUGAACCACCUAUUUAAGAAUAAUCUAAACCUGAUUUAAAAAGUACCAAUACUGUACCUUCAUAAAUUUAACCUGAACCUACUUAACCUAUUAUUACAAAUAACAAUUAAAAAAAUGGUAAUUAAAAUGAUGAAAAUAAUAAAGCAAAAACAGAUAAUCAAAUAACUCAAAAGGAUUAAGAGUCGUCAGAUAAAGAAAAGCAAGUACAACAACCUCAAAUAGUAAAUGAUUAAAACUCAUAGACUCAAUAACAGUAAUAGUAACAGUAAGCAACAACAACAGCAGCAACAACUAAUGCUCCUUAAAGCUAAGAAGAAAAGCCAAAAGAAAGAAAAAAAUUAUAAAUAAAAAAAGUGACAGAAUUUAAAGUUGAUACACAAUAAUAAUAAUAAUAAUAAGAAACUUAACCUCCAAGCUAAAACUAAAAUUAUUAAGAUCAAUAAUAUUAAAAUUAAUAUAACGAGUAAAGUAAUUAUGUGUAUGCCUAGCCUAUAAUUCAAUAUCCUUAAUAAGCACCAAUGGGAUUCUACCCACCACCACCAUAUGGAAUCCAAAAUUAAUAUUACACUUAAUAAAUGUUUGUUCCUACAUAAGGCAUGAUGUUUUAACAAUAUCCAUAAUAGUAGCAAGGGUAUCAAUAACCUUACAAUAACAAGCAACCAUAUAGAAAACAGUAAGGUUAGUAGUGA